AUGGUCCGGCCGUCGCCCUCUCCCGAUCCCCUUCCCAUUCUUGGCCAAGAUGCGGAACUCUCAUUGGCAGCUACCGAAUUCGAGGUCAUGGCGAGAGGUACGCGACACGACGCCAACCUUAGUUCAAGCCGUUCGAGCAUGCUUCUAGCAAAACGAUUCGGUGAAGGGGCAAAGUAUCAAUUCGACGUCGAUUGGCUCGACGAAUGUGACUGUUGCAAGCAGCACAACAAACGUUGCUAUACUUCCGCCGGGUCCCUGCUGCGCAGCACGUCGUGCUACAAUUGCUACAUCCGUCACUGGACCUGCACAGUCAGCAACAUUAGGGUCAAUCGGAAAUCUACCCCAGCUCCGAGGAAACGAAAGUCAGACGUGACUACGGGGAAACAGACUGCAUCGACGAUUGAGCUGUCUUCUGACUCACGUUUCCCUGCGUUUACGAAGCAGGAGCAUUCUACGCCGAUCACUGCGUCUACAAGCACUUCUCAACGGCGGACGAGCGAACGAGCAGUGAGGCCUCCGCCACACACGCCGGUGCUCGUAACUCCCCUUCCCCAGCAGCCAAAGCCGACUCGUAAGCGCAGAAAAAGGGGCGGGCCAAAAAAACCGGCGGCUGAACAGGCAAGAACGACAAGGUAUCAAUCCGAGCUCAGCUCUCCACCUCAUUCUGACCAGGAACAUCUCUCCAAUGCCAGUGCUUCCAACAACGGUCUGAUUUCCCAAGCCGAUUCAGAGGGGUCUUGCUCCGUGGCCGGGAUCCUUUGCAGCUCGGCAGAGCAGGCACAAGAGCCGGACGCAGAGGAAGGCGGCGAUGGGAUUGAGGAGAACGCAAUCGAGUCGAGCUCAGUUGCAGAAGCACACACUUCCACCUUGAUACAUCUGACAAGAGCGCGGGUCAACACUUUACUGCUCAUCAACGACAUAGCGGUGGCCAUCCAACGAUGCCAACGUCGACUGACGCAAGCGCCCGACAAUGCCGGACUACUCGUCAUCGAGUCAGCUGUUGAUGAGCUCGUCAUUGAGCUGACCAGGGUGGUCAAUCCCAAUCACGCGGCAAUUGUUGACCGGGAAACGACAACAUGGACCCUAGCCCAACCGCUGGAUUACCUGCGGAGAAUCCUCGUCAAGUGCCAAUAUGCGCGCGGAACCGAAAACCUCGACGAGAGAGGUGCCAGGCAGGUAGCUGCUCUUGUGACAUGCGAAACCCUCUUUGAUAGAUGCAUGUCGGUCAUUUCGUCGAUGAAGGUCGAAAGAAGCUUAGUCGGUCCAAUGUUGCUUGGCUUGUCUAGCUAUGCAGGGUCGUCGAAGUCGUCGAGAAAGUUAUAA